ACCUCACGGGGAUAAGUCUGUUCAACACUCACUUGCCAUCAUCAUGAAGCUGCUUACCUUGACUGUGCUGCUCCUGACCAUCUGCUCCCUGGAAGGAGCCCUGGUUCGGAGACAAGCAACAGAACCGGAGGUGACUGACUUCUUCACUCAGUACAUUCGGAAGCUGGCAGAUAUAGGCAAGGAUGUGGCAGAGAAAGUUCAAGUCCCAGAGGUCCAGUCCCAAGUCCAGGCUUAUCUUGAAAAGUCACAUGAACAAGUGAUCCCACUGGCCAAGAAGGCCUUAACAGACACAAUAACCUUUUUCAGCUCUCUUGUGGAGUCAGGCAAGAAAGCUACCAAUCAGUAGGAUUUUUCCUAUCUUCAGCUUGUCUUUGAACAUAUAUAUUAUAAACUUCAGCCCAACCUCCCCAUACCCUUUCAAACCAGUUUUCAAGCUGUCCUUUUCCUUCCCACUCCCUGAAAAUCCCCUAUUUUCUACAAUAAAUGCUAUAUGAUUUA